ACCGAAAGCGGUACUUCCGGAAACAUGGCGGCUUGCCGGUUGUGGUUUCCGCGUGUUUCAGCCAUGAGGACCUUGACGGGACUGUGAGCAGCUCCCAUCACUAGAGAGAAGCUGGCUGCACACCGGAAGGGAGGAAGAGGUGCUAAGAGGAGCAGAUAAAUGGGGAUGAUAGUAACCACUUUUGAACUGGUGAGACAUUGAGGACAGAGACUAACUCUUUUCUCAACAUGAACGUCACCUCAGGGACCAAGAGUCGGGGGAUGAAGUUUGCUGAGGAGCAGCUGCAGAAGCAUGGAUGGAUUCAAGGCAAGGGCCUGGGCAAGAAUGAAGAUGGCAUAGCCCAGGCGGUCAAGGUGAAGCUGAAGCAGGACAAUGCUGGGGUGGGACAUGACCCUUCUAAGGAGUUCACUGACCACUGGUGGAGCCAGCUCUUCAACAAGACAGCUGCCAGCUUGGUGGUGGAGACUGGGAAGGAUGGAGUAAAGAUGAAGACCCAGGCCAAGGAUGCCAGCAGGCAGAAACGAUCUGGGAACUCCAAGUCCAGCCUGUUGUACAGACACUUCAUAAAGAGUGCCACUCUCACUUCAGGAGGGGAGAAAGCAGAGAAGCAGAGUGAACAAAGCAGUGAGGAUGAGGCACCUCCACCAGCAAAGAUCCUGACAGAUGAAGAGUUGAUUCGAGCCUUCGAGGGACGUACUGCACACAAGGGUGCCCGCCAUGGGCUUACCAUGAAGGCCAAGCUGGCACGGCUGGAAGAGCAGGAGCGGGCCUUCCUGGCACAGUACAAAGGCCAGAACACAGGUGUACCUAACUCUCCAGCUGAGGAAAUGCCCCAGAAGAUGAAGAAGAAGAAGAAAAAGAAAAGUCAGGAAGAAGCAUCAGUAACAGACAGGACUGAGCAUGUGGAGGUCAUAGAACAGCCUGAUGAGAACAGCAAGAAGAAGAAGAAAAAGAGACAACUGGAAGAGGAAACAGAAGAUGAGGUAGGCAUUCAAGUAGAAAGGGAAGAGGAAGAAGAAAACAGAACCCAGAAAACCAAGAAGAAGAAAAGAAAAAAGGAACCACUAGAGGCCUAGUGAGGACUGUUCCAAUAACCAUCUACUUUCCCUUGUUGGAGACCAGGACUCCAGAGACUCAGGCCUCUGCGCCCUUUGCCCAUUGCAGGGGGUGGGGGACAAGGGGGAUAACAGAGGGUUCUCCUUUAGGUGCUGAGGUCACCGGAAAUCAAGGUAUCCAGUUCUUCUACACAGAGGAAUCAAUAAACACCUCCCAGGGCCCUA